AUGUUUGUUCCUAAAACAGAUAACCAAUCUGAUCUCGAGGGGCCGCAUAGAAACGCUGGGCCGUGGCUGUGCUCCAUUUGCUCGCAGCAAAAUGAUACGAGCUGUAUGUCCUGUGAGGUAUGCGGCGUUCUUCGGGAUUUGUCACUGUAUUUCAAUAACUCCAAUGAACCUGAAGGUGGAGCUAAACGUAGAAACAAGCAUUCUGGUGUAUCUGUACUGGCAAGAUCUCUUUUCGCACCAUCUGGUCCAAAAUCAAAAGCCGUUGUUUUCUCCGAUGGAUUUCGAGGCAACAAAAACGCAACAGGACAUAUGCAAGCUUCCUUGGGUACUCUGCACAAGACAUACAUGACACAUAAGCAGCGCCAUAACAUAGUGCCUUUCAAGUUUGAUAUACCAUCUCCUGAUGACAUGGUCUCUACAGGCUUAAAAUCGUCCAGACAUUUGCGAAAAGCUGUUCCAUCUGUAGAUAUCCCCGGAAAGAUGGUGAUGGGUGAUGAUGAUCUUGUAGUUGAGAAGGAUACAAGUACAGACCCAAGUUCAUCAGUGAAGUUGGAUGAACUUGGUGGAAAUAGUAGCACUGUUGCCGCCAAUACUCAGAACGAAACUCUUAUUUUGGACAAUGAGCUACAACAUUUGAGUUUAGAGAGGAAGCCAAAAAACAGUAAAACCAAGAUUAAGAAGCCAGUUCCUGUUUCACAAUACAAGCCAGAACCGUGGAUGCUACAGGGCGAAGAUCAAGACAUGCCUAGACAACUAAAUCUUGCUAUUGUUGGUCACGUUGAUUCUGGCAAAUCAACAUUAUGUGGUAGGUUGCUGCAUGCCCUGGGUAGAAUUUCAAAAAAGCAAAUGCAUAAGAAUGAGAAAGAAGCGAAAGAAAAGGGAAAAGGGUCGUUUGCAUAUGCUUGGGCAAUGGACGACAGUGCUGAUGAAAGGGCACGUGGCAUUACGAUGAAUGUCGGUGUAGCAUACUUUGACACCAAAAAUUACCAAGUUGUUAUGCUCGACUCCCCUGGUCACAAGGAUUUCGUUCCUAACAUGAUAUCUGGAGUGACGCAAGCUGAUGCAGCUGUCCUAGUUGUUGAUGCCUCUCUUGGAUCAUUCGAGUCAGGCAUGGGCGUUAAUGGGGUUGGUCAGACAAAGGAGCACUCACAGCUUAUUCGAAGCUUUGGUGUCGAGAACUUGAUAGUUGCUGUCAAUAAGAUGGAUUCAGUGGAAUAUUCGGCAGAACGCUUCAAUUAUGUGAAAUCACAACUUGGCAUUUUUCUCCGAUCUUGUGGCUAUAAAGAGUCAGCGAUAACCUGGGUUCCUUUGAGUGCGAUGGAAAAUGAAAAUCUGGUGACAGCAGCUUCAGAUACUCGUCUCUCAUCAUGGUUUCACGGGACUUGCCUUCUGGAAGCAAUUGACUCGUCAGCACCACCUCCUCGUGAUGUUUCAAGGCCACUACGGCUUCCAAUUUGUGAUGUUAUUUCAUCCCAUGUGCUGGGGCAAGUGGCGGUUUGUGGUAAAGUGGUGUGUGGAGCAAUCGGAAGUGAUUCCAAGGUCCUUGUGAUGCCUUCUGGAGAGCUAGCUACAGUGAAAAUCAUCGAGCGGGACUCCUCUCGUCUCAGCUUGGCAAGAGCCGGCGACAACAUUGCGAUUGGACUGCAAGGGAUCGACCCGAUCCAUGUGAUGUCUGGUGGAGUUCUGUGCCAUCCGGAUUACCCCGUGUCGGUGGCGUCUUCCCUGGAGCUGAAGAUCCUGGUGCUAGACAUCACCGUACCUAUACUGCCCGGCCUUCAGUUUGAGCUCCAUGUGCACCACGCGAAGGUGUCGGCGUCCCUGGUGAGAAUCGUGUCACUGCUGGACCAGAAGACUGGCAAAGCCUCAGCGAAGAAGCCGCGGAUGCUCACCGCUAGACAGGCUGCCAUCAUCGAGGUACGUCGCGUUACAUGUGCGCCCUUACAGCAGAUGAGUCUGAAUGAGUGCCUGGUGAUCGUCUGUGGUGCCUGUUUUGUCCAGGUGAAGCUGGAGAGGGAGGUGUGCGUGGAGGAGUUCGCGACCCUCAAGGCCCUGGGCCGGGUGUUCCUGCGGUCGCAGGGGAGCACCGUCGCGGUUGGCGUCGUGCAGGUACAGGGGGAGCGAGCAGAGCAGGCUUCUUAG